CAUUUAACGUCAUACAUUCCGCAUUCAUCCCACAAUCACGCAACACAAGUAUUUUGUAAACAACAGUCAUUUAAGAGAACACACGCACUCUGGCACUCGCGUCUCGAACAUGUCUCAAAUACUGAAGGCCGUAUUAUUUGCCGCCUAUAUAGCGCUUCUCAUACAAUUCCUAAAACUUUUACGCCCACCGCAGAAAGCAAUCGAAAUUGAAUACAUCGUCAGACCUCCCGGCACUUACAAGAAGAUAAUGAGAGAAAUUAAAAAGAUGAAUGAGAAAAAUAAGAGCAAAUAUCAGAUCUUUGAUCUAACCUUUCAGAAACCGCUUAGAUUACCAACAGAUUUAAUAUAUAUUUUAAAGUGGACGCAAGCUAUGACUCACUACUCAAGUCCGGACUUUAUUAACGGACAGCGGCCAUUUUUGGACAACGACUGCCCAAUUUACAAUUGUUUUAUGACAAACGAUAAAAGCAUGCUGCAAGAUCCUAGAUAUUUUGACGCUAUAUUAUUCGACGUUGAAAACAAUUGGGAUUAUCAUCCGAGCAUCAGAGCAUUGCAUCAGAAAUACAUCUUUACUGCUUCUGAACCAGCCGGUAUAUUCCCUAUCUGCGAAUCUUCAUACAACAACUACUACAACUGGACUUGGAGCUAUAGGCUUGACUCAACAAUCCCCCAACCAUUUUUCAAUAUCUACUUCAAAAACGGUACAAUUGCUGGACCUCAGUUAAAGAUGCAGUGGCUUGAUAAUUCUUACCCACUCUCCAACAGUGUAAAAUCGAAGCUAAAAGGCAAAACAAAGCUGGCCGCUUGGUUUGUAUCACACUGCAAUACAAAAAGUAAAAGGGAACAUCUUGUAUCCGACUUGAAUAAAUAUCUGGAAAUGUAUAAUUUCACAAUAGACAUUUAUGGUAUGUGCGGUAAACAUGCUUGUCCCAAGGAUGAUACGAAUUCUUGUUUGGAGAUGUUGCAAAGAGACUAUUACUUUUAUCUGGCGUUUGAAAACUCGUUAGAUGUGGAUUACGUGACGGAAAAAGUGUCGAAUGCGUUGAAUUAUUAUACUGUGCCUAUAGUUUACGGAGGUGCUGAUUAUUCUAGGUUUUUGCCACCAGACUCGUAUAUUGACGCGAAAAAAAUGGCCCCAGUGGCGCUGGCAUCUCUGAUGUUUGAGAUCGUUAAGGACCCGGUCACUUAUUACACAUAUUUCGGGUGGCACAAUAACUACGACUACAAAACCAACUCCCUGGGGUCCCACCUGUGCCGGCUCUGCGAAAUGCUGAACCACUCCCCGCAGCCUUCUGAACUUGGAAACUUCACCCAGUGGUGGAACACUGAGGGCGCCUGCCAGGAAAAGGUGGCUGAUGCAAAGGCAUUAGAUAGUCAAAAAAAUUCCAGCAGUGCUAAGGUAUAA